UAUUUUAAUUGACAAAAGUACUUUAUUUACUGCUAAACAUCUUGCAAUCGUAACUAAAUAUCUUACUAAAAAUAGACCAGUUUUGCGAUAUCUUGGAAUAAUUGAACUUAACAAUUGUGAUGCAAAAUCAAUUAGUAAAGAUCUUAAAAGGUUUAUAACUGCAAAAUCUCUUAAUAUUAAAAAUUUAGCUCAUUUUGGAAAUGAUAGAGCUAGUACAAUACUUGGAUAUUGA